AUGUCCUCUUACCAUCCUACUCAUUCCUUCCAAUUUUUAAGAUCCCGCGUCUUUGUCGGCAAUAUGAACCCAAAAGUUGGCAGAGAGGAAAUCAUUCAAUUGUUUCGCUCUUAUGGAACUCUUAUUGGCGUGACCGUCUUUAAAGGAUAUGCUUUUGUUCAAUUUUCGCAUGGGAGUGAAGCUGAUUUGGCUGUGACUGCUUUAAAUGGAUAUAACUGGCAUGGAAGUCCUUUGGAUUGCAAACUUGCUAUAACCGGCUUUGCUGGCAAGCCCAUGACAGUUAGCACUACUCCUGGUAUUGGAGUAGCAAAGGGGAUGGGAAAACGAAAUCAAAACCAGCCACAACCUUUACCACCUUCUGGAGGUGCUCAAACAAAAAGAAUUAAAGUCGACUACAUUACUUCAAACAAAAAUAUUGCUGAAAAUUUGGAAUACACAGAUUUGGCUAGUGUACAACCACAUGUUGGUUUUGAUGACAUAUUAAUUUGCGGAGUUUGCCGUAUGGUUACCAAAGAUUUGGCUGAAUUUGUUGAACACCGCAAACAUCCAUGUAAAAUUCCUAAGCCUGGUUUGGAUUUUUUAAAAUAAUUUUUAAAGUUAUUAUUUGGGAAAUUUUAAGGGGUGUUCUUAGUUACUGAAAAUUGGGGGAAGUUGAUAUGGUUUUUUAAAACUCCUAUUCAUUCUGACAAACUCGCGUCGACUCCGUGCCUCUGAAAAUUUUACUUGGGAAAAUCAUUUCCUCUUCCUCCUAACAUCGUCGUUGAAACAUCUCAAUAAUCCCUCCUUCCUGUUAAAAAAUCCAUUUUUUCCUCUCAUUUUUCGUCGUUAUGGAACAUUCCCUAUAAAAUCCCAACCCCAAAUUGCUACCAGAAUAUCCCCAAAAAUCCAUUCUCUCCUCUUCCC